AGUGUCAUACAGACAGGGAUAGGCUGGCAGAGUGACACAGGGACAUACGCACUGGCUGGCACUACCAGUGAGUAACAAUAGUUAUCUCUCCGCGCCCCUGGGAGAGGUAAGGGGGGAUGGUCUGUGAGUACACUGCCAUGUUCCCACAGGAGUUAGGUCUGGCUGCCUGCACGAUGCCGCCCAUGUGAAGUUCAUGGUAUUGUGUUUGUGACCACAGUUGAUGUUCUGCUUGUGGCGCCGUGGGUUCAGUGGGCGCCCAGCAGCAGUAGUAGCGCCAGCAGGGCGCCCGCCGCCCAGCGUGAAGGCACUGCCCUCCACAUCCCGGACACAGCUGAAGCAGCAGUUGAUGCGUCAGCAGCUGCAGCAACAGCAGGAAGCCAAGGACCGGGAUGAAGCCUCGCGGUCUCAACGCGCCCGUCAGGGUGUACAGCACCAGCAGCACAUGCAACUUCAGCAGCAACAACAGAUGCAACAGCAGCAGCAGCAGCAGCAACAACAGCAACAGCAACAACAAACACCCCAAGCUAUUGCUAUCCCGACCUCCUCCUCUCCUGACGUGCCGCCACAAGUACUGCAGGUACAGACGCGGCUGGAGAACCCGACCUACUACCACGUGCUGCAGGCCCAGCGGCGGCAGAUGGAACAGUACCUAUCCGGCACCACACCGCCCUCCACCUCUGGUUCCCGCUCCGCCCCACAACCUGCCUGGCCCCACUCCGACCCCGGGGCCGCCCACACCACGCCCGCCCAGUUCAGUGCAGUGGGCGGGUCUGGAGGGGGCGUGGCAGUGUCCGCUCCUAGGACCCUGAGUGGGGCGGCGAGGGGCCCUAUGUCCCCCGCCGCGCCCCCGUCCACCGCGCCGCCGUCUGUGGCCUCCCUCUCUGACGCUUCUGAGGUGGAGGACGUCAUCGACGAGAUCCUGAGCCUAGAAGAACGCUUCGAGGCUGACACCCGCAAGACUCCCGAGCAAUUAUGCAACCCUCCCCCCGCGGCCCCUAACAACAGUGUGCCCGACCCACUAUGCAACAUCCUGGGCCUCAACAGCUACAUGGGCAAGACCUCCACCUCCUGCCCACCUGACGUGCCCCAGGUGAAGACUGAGCCAGCAGUCAGCGACCAGCAACUUGUGGCCUACAUGAAAGACAGGCAGAAGAAGGAUAACCAUAACAUGAUUGAACGAAGACGAAGGUUCAACAUCAACGACCGCAUCAAAGAGCUGGCCACCCUCCUCCCAAAGAGCAAUGAACCGUACUUUGAGCUGGUACGUGACCUUCGUCACAACAAAGGUCAGAUCCUCAAGGCCUCUGUUGACUACAUUCGCCGCCUGAAGAUGGAUGCAGAUGCCAAUAAGGAGGCAGAGGCCAAGCGGCGCGCCCUUGAGCAGCAGAACAGGCAGCUGCACCUCCGGAUACAGGAGCUGGAGACCAAGUUGCGAGCCAAUGGCAUCAAGGUGGAGGAGACUAACAUUGACAAGAGUCUGCUUCUCUCCACCCUUAUCAAGAGUGAGAUGGGCAGCAACAUGGCCGGGAUUGGAGGAGGGGGAGGGGUUGGGGAGAGUGGAGGUGGAGGUGGUGGGGGAGAGAUGAAGGAGGUGAGGUGCAGCCAGAGUCUCACCGGUUCCCUGCUUGACGAGCUGCUGGAAGACUUUACCUCUGGUGGCUUCAACUUAGAUCUGAUGGACGAUGAUGGUCCAGCCUUCACCAGCGACCCUGUGUUCUCCUCACCACAGGUCUCCUCCCCGAACUCCUCUCACCACUCCUUUGAUGAUGCCCUCACCCCAGACUCCAUGGACAUCGUUGCGUGAUUGUUAACAUGCAUCAUAUAAAUACUGAUAUUUUUAUGUGCGAUGUGAAUUUUUUUUCCCCCCUUUUUUUCCAUCUUAUGUGCCUUAAUGAGGCUCUUGUUGUUUUUAGUCUAGUAUUGUUUGUCAUACUUUGCUGCCCCACAACAAAAUUUUAUCAUAUAUAUAUAUCUAAAGUUCAAAUUUGUUAUGUCCCUUCAUAACUAUAUUUUGUAGUUAUUUUUAUGAAUGUUUUAUAGUAAGUAUUUUAGAGUUUAUUGAGCUUGCAGUGAAUAAAUGCAUUACUUGUCUUCAAAAGACUUCUUGGCUUAACUUCCGACAUCCAAGUUAACUUUUUUUUUUUUUUUCUUUUUUUACUGGACUGGAAAUUAAGUGAAGUCAAAAAGCCUUUUCUCUUGAAUCAGUUUUCAUGAGUGAUAAACACAAACUGCAUUGUACUUAUGAACACAAGGAAAUAUGUUCAGGUGUAUUUUCUGCAGUUUUUGUGGAAAUAUUCUUUAGGAUAUCUGUAGGUUAACAUGGAAAGGAAUAUCUCCUUCAAGUAUUAUAGAAGGAGCAAUCUUCUCCAUGUAGUACUAAGGCAUUUCACAUGCAAAAAAAUAUUAGGAAAAUGAAUUUUAAAGAAUAAGUGAUGCCAGUUUUGGAAUUCAAUGUGUGUUGUGGGAUCUGCACUACCAAACUUGAUGUUGGUACCUGACAAAAUAUUAUUCUCUAAGUUGAGUGAACUUAACAUAGAAAGAUCAUGUUGGUCAUUAUUUUUAAAAAUGCAUUAACUUAAGCAUGGUCAUGUUUCAUAGCAUUCAGAAUUCUGCCACUACUGGAUGUGUAUAUUAUGACAUGCUCAUGCAUUGCGCUGGUCAUUUUUACAGAAAAAUAGUUACUGCUACACUUAUAUUAACUGCUUCUUUGACUUUUUUAUGUUAAUGUGAUUUUUCGUCAGUUAUGAUAUCUAGUAAACUGCAAAGUUUGUCACAUUUUAUGUUCAGUAUGAUGAAUUAUGAUGUCCCACUACGUCCUGCUCUUCUCCAUUCAAGAAUAAGUAAACACAAUGACUCAUUUGUGUUGUUCUGGAAAUUAUGGAUUAAUAAGAAUUGUAUAUAGUAUUUUUUUUUUUCAGAUUAAUGGCCCAGAAGCAUAUUGUGAGCUUACACUGGUGUUCUGUUCCUCACAGUCCAUGAUGCUGGUGUUGAAGAUGUACAUAAUGUGUUAUGAUUAGUUGUAUUUUGAAUACUUUUGUAUGUAGACACCUUACACUAUUGUAAUUCAUAGAGGUGAAGCUCUAUACCCUUGAUUCAACUUAAGUUUCCCCUUUUCUUUAUAUAUAUAUAUAUAUAUAUAUAUAUAUAUAUAUAUAUAUAUAUAUAUAUAUAUAUAUAUAUAUAUAUAUAUAUAUAUAUAUAUAUAUAUAUAUAUAUAUAUAUAUAAAGAACAUGACUAAUGUAGAUACAAAAACAUGAUUUCUUUGACAUUUAUGUUUGUACAAACUUGAGAUCAUCACUUUGGCUCCUGCCAAAAUGUUGAAUACUGUACCUUUAUCACUUGAGGUACAGAUCAUAUAAUGGUGCAGUGCAGUGAAACUUAUUAAUUUGGACCUAUACUACAUUAUGUAUGUUUCAGGUUUGAAAUGAUAUUUACAGUUUACUUAUCCACGAUGGCAAAUGCAAGUGAAAAUUGCCACUCUUUGAAUACAUUGUACUAUAAAUGUACUGUGACUGAUGUGCUAAAGCCAUUGUGACCAUAUUUUCAAAUAUUGUAAUGUUCUCAAGGCACAGAAUUGAACAUCUAAUGACAACAUUUGAGAAUAUUAGGCUGUGUUACAAUAAGAUAUUACAUAAAGUCAAUUUUGUGCACAGCAAAUAUUUUCUACAACUACGUACAGGUGUGCUCAACAUUUGAUUGUUUCACUACUUCUCUUGCAUUUCCCUUUAAUGAUAUAGAUCUCAAAGCUCUUCCAGCAUUUGAGUUUUUUUUUUUUUUUUUUUUUUUUUUUUUAAGGAAAAAAGAAUUCAUGUUGUGCACACACACACACACACACACACACACACACACACACACACACACACACACACACACACACACACACACACACACACACACACACACACACAUGCAAAGAAUUCACAUAUUUCUAAAUGAUAAGGGACUGUACUUGGUAUAAACCAGACUGUAAAAGUCUUGAGUAUGAACCCUUUACAAUAAUUAUUUAACAUUGUAUUUUUAUGAAGUCAGGUGAACUAAAAUGUGAUUUAGAAUGAUUUUUUUUUUUUUUUUUUUUUUUUUUUUUUUUUUUUUUUUUUGUCUAUGUGCAGUGAUGAAUGUAGAAAUGUGCUAAAGGUGCACUCCACCCUGAUAGUGUUAUCAGGCAGCAGUUAUUCAUUUACUUAAUUCAGUCAUACUGAAAGGCAAAGUUGAUAAUGGCAAUUAGUAGGCUGCUUUAGAUUGAUUUUUAAUAUGCUAAAGUUCUGUAUUAACAGUACUUGAAUUUUGUUUAUAUAAACACCCAUCCGCUUUGAUUGCUAUCUUGGCGUGGAAAAUUCUUAUGGUAAUUGAUUAAUUUUGCUACAGUUCAGCUGAGCUGCAACACAAAACUCCGCACCUGACAGCUUGUCAUGUGUCACCCAAGUCGGUCAGAGUAAACGAAAGCAGAAAUUGUAUCACGGCAAUGUAAUGUUAAAAUACAGUUCUACACUAUUUAAGGAAUAAAUCCAAAACUUCCAAACAUUACUACUAAGUCUUUGCAUUUGGAAAUUCUUCACAAUUCAUCCAACAUUUAUUAGAGUAACAAAUGCACACUUACCUUUUAACAGAGUUAUUUAUCUCCUGUGUGUGAUAUCUGCAUACACAGCAAGUGCUUGUGGCUGCCACAAAGGAUUUUUCACAGGCAUGGACUGCAUUCAUUGUGUCCAUGGAGAUUAGUGUGAACACCAGACUUGUUUAUUAUUAUUAUUAUUAUUAUUAUUAUUAUUAUUAUUAUUAUUAUUAUUAUUAUUAUUAUUAUUAUUAACUACCACUACUAUUAUCAUUAAUUGUAAUAUAGGAGGGUAUUUAUGCUACACAUUAAAUUUCAUUGUCCAGUCAGAGUAAAACCUCUGUUGUCUUUUAAUGAUUAGUGAUGGAGAAUGUCAUUAUCAUCAUUAAUAAUCAUCAUCACCACUGCCAUAUCAUCAUCAUUAUCACCAUCAUCAUCAUCAUCAUCAUUGCUAUCAUCAUUAUCGUCACCACCAACCAUUAUCACCACCACCACCACCACCACCACCAUCAUCCCCACCAAUGCCAACACCAACAACAACUAUUAUGAUUGUUUGUCAUCAUCAUAAUCAUCAUUACCAUGAUCUUCAUUAUUGUCAUCAUAAUCAUCAUUAUCAUGAUCAUUAUUAUGACCACUUUGAAUAUCUUAAUUAUCAUAAGCACCUUCACCAUCAUCAUCAUCAUCAUCAUCAUCAUCAUCAUCAUCAUCAUUAUUAUCAUCAUCAUCAUCAUCAUCAUCAUCAUCAUCAUCAUCAUCAUCAUCAUCAUCAUCACCAUUAUCUUCUUCAACACUUUGAAUAUUACAUUCAUCACAAUCAUCACUGUCAUUAUCAUCAAAAUUUAAUUGUUGCAGUAAACAAGGCAGGUGGAAGGGAGUGAGGAAAGGGGGAGCAAAAGGGGAACACUUUUAGACACCUGCCAGAAAAGUGUAGUGUAGGAUGAUUGGUGCCACACUCAGCGGGAACCAAAAGAUAGUAACAAGCAAAUGAAGAACACUAGAGGAAGAAUUUAUUGCCAUGGAGUAUAAAGUGGAAACAUAAGUCCAAGAUUUCUAAUAGGAAUUCACUUACAAAAAGUCUAUUCUGAAUUUAAUAUAGCUGUCUACCACUGAGGUUGAUUGGAAUAAUUGAGAGAUAACUACUAUUUAUUUUACAGUUGUGUUUUAACAAUGUGCCAAUUAACUUACAAUAAGUCCAAAUUAAUAAGGUUCUGCAGGACUUAAUUUGAUCUUUGUCAUCUGUUGGUAUACAUGAAUAAGUAUCAACAGGAUGAUCAGUAAUGGUUUGAGUAUGCACCACCCACCACAAGUGAGAAGAUGCCUGAAUAAAGUAAUUAUCUUUAAAAUUCUUGUUGCUUUACUUAAUAUUGAAAAUAAUUUGCUGUUUUGUACAUACUUUAAUAACAAUUAUAUUUUGUAUUGCUGUUUUGCAUUGGUGAUAAGUGAACAAAAUCAGUGGUACCAAGUGUUGAGAUGUGGACACUUGGAAAACACACUGUGAUUGAUCUUUUUAUACUGCCUAUCUGUCAACCCUUGGUGCUGGCACCAUCACAUCCCAUAACAGUGAUGUGUCCAGAUGAGCUGUGAAGUCAAUCAGCAUGUGCUAAAAGACAAAUAAAAUGUAUAUUUGAGUAAUUAAAA